AUGUGGAAGGAGCCUUCUGAGGGAGAUAGUGAAAAGGGUGGAAGUGGAUCUUUGAAGAAGUGCUUGAAUGACCUGAAAACAGUGAAAAGGCAGAGCCUGAAAGUUCAGAUCAAUGCAACAGAUGACACCGUUUGCAUGAGGUAUCUUCGACCAAGUCAAAACACCAAACUAGAAGGUUUUGUCCUGGGUUAUGGAAGCAACUUCUUUUCUAAUCAGUACAUUCCUUUACCUUCGGAAGGAAAAACCUACAUAACAGAACUGGGUCGGACCAAGACUCAAAAGCCUCUGCAGCUGGUAGUUGGCACCCUCACCCCAACGUCUGUGUUCCUCUCUUGGGGCAUCCUAGUCAACCCUCAGCAUGACUGGACAGCAACAAGUAACUGUGCUAGUGACAGGUUCUAUACAGUUCGCUACAGAGAAAAGGGUAAAGACAAGAAAUGGGUUUUUCAGCUUUGCCCAGUUACAGAGACGGUGGUGGACAAUCUGAAGCCAAACACAAUUUAUGAAUUUGGAGUUAAAGACAACGUAGAGGAUAGUAUUUGGAGCAAGACUUUCAAUCAUAAGACAGUUCUGUCUAGUAAAAAAGUAAACGGACAACUCCAGAAUAUGUACAAGUUGGUACCUAAUGCCCAAACACAGCUUACACUGCGUGAUAAUAAGAAGUUGGUCCCUGUCACAAUAAUCAAACAAGUUAUUCAAAAUCGGACACAGUCAAAAACUUUGGAUAGUUCUUCUCUGCCAGGAGCAAUAUUAGUGCACCUUAUUGUUCCAGGUCUCAAUGAAACUCAGCAGAAACUUCCUCCUGUCCUGACAAUAGACGACAUACCUCAAGCAUCCAGGAAAAAACUGGCUAAGAAUGAAACUCGAGUAUGGCCCGCUGAAUCCAAAACACCAGAAGUUCAAGAAAUCUCCCCACAGUCGCUCCCAGCUCAGUCUGAGAAAAAACAUGGACCUGAGGAAUUUAAAUCAACGCCUAAACCUGAAUUGGUGCAAACUCAAAACAUACUGGCUCCAAAAGAAAUACCACUUACUCCUUCUAAACUGAAACCAUCUGCUACCCCAGAAGUACAGCAUGUGAAACCUGCCCCUAAACCACCACUUCUGGAGCCUAAAACUUCUCAGACUGUUGAACAACCAAAAGCAACACUAGCUCCUAAAGAAGCAAAACUCACACCUUCUGCAUCUAAACCUAGACCAUCUGCCAGACCCAAAAAGCCACGAACUAAACCUGUCUUGGAACCUAUUACACUUAGAAUUGAACCACCAAAGUCAACGAUAGCUCCAAAGGAGACUCCACGUAUUCCUUCUAAACCUAAAACUUCACCUAAACCUCGUAUCCCACAAGCCAAAGAUGUUCCAAAAGAAACACAGCGUGUUCCUUCCAAACCUAGAACAUCACCAAGCUCAGAGGUGCCACAAACCAAACCUGCUCCUAAAGAUACACGUCAUGGGCCUUCCAAACUGAAAACAUCACCCAGUCCACACGUUCCUCCAACUAGAGCAAGUCCGAAAGAAAGUCGGCGAGUCCCUUCCAAGCCCAGAGCAUCACCAAGUCCAGAUGUACCACACACAAAACCUGCUCCAACUGAAAAACAGUUCAUUCAUACCAAACCAAAAACAUCUGAAAAACCAAGAGUGCCACACACCAAACCUGCAAUACAUCAGACAACUCCACAACCAAUUAUUACAAAAUCUACUACCACUGAGCAUUCAAAGGCAACAAUGGCUCCAAAAGAAACACUGCUCAUUCCUUCCAAACCCAAAACAUCUGUUGGGCCAGAAGUACCACAGACUAAACCUGUUCCCAAUGAAACAUACCAGAUUUCACCCAAGCCCAAAACUGCUCUAGCAACCGAAAUUCCACAGUUCAAUACAGCUCUUAGUAAAACCACACUAGCACCAGCUAGAACAAAAGCACCUGGACUGCCAAAGUGGAUUGUGCCAACAACAGAUGACGUAUAUACACCUGAGGAUAUUUCCAGACAAAGUGGCGUGGAUGUGGAAAAACCUUUGGAAUAUAGUGAUACCUGGGAAAAGCCAAUUUCUGUAACUGCAUCACCUGGCCCUCAGCAUCCUCCUAUACCUCCUGUCAAGCCUACACAAAUGCGAAGAAAACCUCUGCCUCCGAACACCGUGACUGGUAAACCAGGAAGUCCAGCUAAACCCGCUGGACCAACAACACCUGUGAGGACAGGAACGUCAUAUAAGACGCCAACAGCUUUCGCAACUCCAGAGUAUUAUGUUGAUGCAACUGUCUUCAGCUCAAGUCCUACAUCAGAAACUGAUUCUUCAGGCAAACCGAGGUACCAAGCCCCCCAUGUCAAGUACAUGAAGAAAGAUGAUGAUGUGCCUUGCUCUAUCACAAGCUCUCUUGAACAUUUUCCUCAAGAAGAAGCUGGCAGCAAGGAAGAACCUACUCGUCCUCCACAAAAUCCUCCAACCAACCUCACAGUGGUGACUGUUGAGGGCUGUCCAACUUUCGUCAUAUUGGACUGGGAAAAACCAGACAAUGACACUGUUACUGAGUAUGAGGUUGUGUCAACUGAAAAUGGAGCAAGUGAUGGUGAAAAGGAGAAAUCGAUUAUCACUACAAAUCAAACCCAUUCUACUGUGGAAAACCUAAAACCUGACACAAGUUAUGAAUUCCACGUGAAACCUAGAAACCCUCUUGGUGAAGGUCCAAGUAGCAAUGUUGUGGCAUUCAAUACUGAAUCAGCGGACCCAAGAGUGAGUGAGCCAAUUUCAGUGGGAAAGGAUGCUAUCUGGACUGAAAUCCCAUUCAAUUCAGACACCUAUUCAGAAUGCAAAGGGAAACAAUACGUAAAAAGGACUUGGUAUAAGAAGUUCGUAGGUGUGCAGCUGUGUAAUUCGUUGAGAUACAAGAUAUACCUCAGUGAUUCACUUACAGGAAAAUUUUAUAACAUAGGAGACCAGAGGGGCCAUGGAGAAGAUCACUGCCAAUUUGUAGACUCCUUCUUAGAUGGAAGGACAGGGCAGCAAGAAGAUCUACCAGUCAAAGAUGGAUUUUUCAGGGCAGUUCGUCAGGAACCUGUCAAAUUUGGAAAAAUAGGCGGAGAGACUCACAUUAACUAUGUUCGCUGGUACGAGUGUGGAACAUCAAUACCUGGGAAAUGGUAA